AUGGAGGGCUCUGACCCAGAGUUCCUUACUACAAGAGAGCAAAGAAUUUCGAGAGAUAAGCUUGCCAAAUACAAGGGCUCAGCUAAAGUAUCGAUUGCACAUUUGGACUUCCCACACCCAUGCCGUCAGAUUAACAGCAGGGUUAUUGAACGAUUGAAGAGGGACUUUGAAGGUGAAGGUUGUAUUAAAGACAAACAAACUAAUCGGAUUCCAGCCAUUAUUGACGAUUCGAUACUCCAAAUAGGGUUAGAGAAGCUGGCGAUUAAUACCGAGACCUUUAAAGCUGUCUCGAACAGUGAUCCACCGAAGCUCCACCUUGAACGCGAUGUAAAGCUGGAAUGCCUUCACGGACAACAUAGGGUCCUCGCCGCCAAAGAAGCCCUCGUUUCAUCAGAGAGGUGGUGGGUUGUUGACUUAUAUAGCACUGAUCUUGAAAAGGAUACCAAACAAGCCUUCCGAGAAGGCUAUUCUUAUUCUGCGCCAUAUGCGUCCGGUGAAAUAUUUCGUUACAUACGGCUCUGCCACUACGACAACGACGCGGUAGGGGAGCAACGCUGGCGAGCAUGGCUUAGCCCCCAUCAAGAAAAAUAUUUGGAGAUAAUAUCAAACCGGGAGACGCUUAUUAAGGCUUUAGACUCUGUCUUGAAUAUCCAAGGCCUAUGGAGAACUUUUUACGUAGGGUCGCUGAACGACUUUGUAAGCCUGGGGUGUGAUGAUGAAAUAGUCCAUUAUAUCAAUUUCAUCAAGAAGAUCCUCACGCGUAUUUUCGGAAACGACAUAGUAACAAUGAUGGCUACCGAUCCCUUUAGUAUCGAAUCUAUUCAGUCGAGAGCUCCUGCACUCUCUAAGUCCGACUUCGAAUUUAUCCAAGAGAAUAUGCGACACCUUUUUCCAGGAGUAACAGACCCUGCAAAGAGAGCAGAUAUUUCAGAGCGUCUUCUCACCACCGAGGAGCUUAUACCGAGCCUCUGGACAUUGAUUAGCGAUAUUAGGUAUUUGAAGCAGCCAGCAAAGGUCCUGAAUAUGCUCCUGCCACCAAAACCUAAGAAGGGAAGGAAACAAAAAAAGGGAACCAAGAACAGCCUGCGUGAGAGGUUUCGCUUCCACUUCCCUAGUGAGCAUUUAGAUUAUUUUGACCUCGCAUACCAGCAGAUAUGGCUCUGCUCCUAUCGAGUUUCGAAAAAUCUCAACGCAUACGGUUCACUGCAACUAGCCACUCUCGCUCACCAGUUAGGCUUCUCAAAUGCAGAGAUUGAGAAGGAGUUAAAAAAAGACCCUGCUCACGCCGUGAUACAAAAGGCUGUCUUCGAGGCACUUAAAGUCCUUCGACCCAACGAGUCCUUUGCCUUCGACGCUAAUCAAGCUCGACCUGUUAUCACCUCAUUCAAAGACUACUUGGACAAGAUAUUAGGUGCACCUGCAAAGACAAUUUCUCCAUUUAUUACCGUAGAGGGAUCAGGCGAGCCUCUAGCUCGCCGAUGUGGAUAUGGCUCUACGGAUAUCAAGGAUCUUAAUCACCUCUUUCUCGACAAGGUACAUGCUCCCCUCCAAGCAUAUCAGAGAGCAGGAGACGAGAUCAGUUCCUUUUAUGUCAAGCGGUCACGACACAUAGCUUUCUUCGGGGCAGUAAAUCUCACUGGAGAUCAAGCAGACCCUCAAAUCAUGCGAGCGCCUUUCGCGACUGGAGAGCCAGCUAGUUCGACUCCUAUUUCUAGUGGACGAGAUCUGAACCCCAAUGGCAACUCUCAAAGCGUUGAAACGAAUCAGACUGUGUCAUCGGGCGGACCGGUCGUUGAGUUUAUACAGAAAGAUGAUGGUUCUAUUCGGGAAAUACCAUUCCAAAGGGAGUCCGUAACAAAUCAAGCUCGAUAUUAUGCCGAUCAGGAAAAGAAGUUAUCUCUGCGACAAGGUGGUCACUUCGUUUGGCAAGCCUGUUUUGAUAUCCUUGUCCGGACUGGCCAUUCCACCGUGCUCGUGUCUAAUGCUGAACGGCCCAUGCCGCCCAUCAAUGGUAAGCGGCGUAGUGGCCCAGACUCGCCAGAUGAAUUAGAGCCACGGGCAAGAGACAGCUUUGAUUUUUGGAGAAUGGAUUAGAUGAAGAGUAGGGCACGUCUAGCAGAUACCUAUAUUGUCCUAGAUUAUCUCGAAUUGGCUGCUCCAUAAGUGCCUAGCUAAAAGGCUUUUAGAGUAAUAUUACCGUAUGCGAGCAUCUGCUAUGCUCCACGCUGCCC